UAAGCUUCCUUCCGAAACCCUAAAAAAUCUGACUUCUUUUAAAACGUUGAACUUUCCUUUUAUUCUAGUCAUUCUGAUUAGAUGGGUGGGUCAUGAUUCAGCAACCUCUCUAGCACCCGGGUUCCGGUUCCACCCGACUGACGAGGAACUCGUUCGUUACUAUCUGAAACGACAAAUCUUGAAUAGGCCUUCUUUCGAUUUGAUCUCUAUUAUCGAUAUUUACAGAUCCGAGCCUUGGGAUCUCCCAGAUAAGUCAAAGCUGAAGAGCAGGGACCUGGAGUGGUACUUCUUCAGUGCACUGGACAAGAAAUAUGGAAAUGGGUCGAGGACCAAUAGGGCAACUGAUAGAGGCUACUGGAAGACAACUGGAAAGGACCGUGCAAUUUGCUUUAGGGAAAGAGUGGUUGGCAUGAAGAAAACCCUUGUUUACCAUAAAGGCCGAGCUCCACGCGGUGAACGUACUAACUGGGUAAUGCACGAGUACCGCCUUACUGAUGAGGCAUUGGAGAAAGAUAUUCAACAGGAUGCUUUUGUUUUGUGUAGGGUGUUUCAGAAGAGUGGGUCUGGGCCAAAGAACGGGGAGCAGUAUGGGGCACCCUUUUUCGAAGAAGAAUGGGAAGAUGAGGCAGUUAUUGUGCCUGGUCAACAUGAUGUAGCAGUCUAUGAAGAAGGUGCCAAUGAUGACGCUUUUGUUGAAGUGAAUGAUAUUGUUGAGAAUCUUGACAUUGGAAAUCCAUCUGAAAACAACAUUAUCCUGCCACUGAACGGCCACUGUGGGGAAUCAAGCAACCAUGUGGAACAUUCAAGCGAGUUCAGUGAAGACAAUCAAAAGCCAUCAGAAAAUAUGUCUGAUAAUGCAUUCCACCCUUCCACAUUCUAUUAUGGGGAAUCAAGCAACUGUGCUGAACAUUCAAUGGAGUUCAAAGAAGAUUAUCAGAAGCCUACUUGCAUGCAUGCCACUGAAGAUGAUUCAAAGCCACAUCAUGAGGUUGUGGUCUCGGAUUUACCUGAGCCAAGGGUGACAGCUACAAAUGUAAAACCAGUUAAGGAAGAAUUUGUGCUUGAACCGAUUGAAAAAUUCAAUUCCACAGACUAUGUGUUUGAAGACCCAUACCAGGAUGAUACUGAUUAUCUUCCGACCAAUGAAGAACUUUUCCUGGAAGCUAAUGAUUUUUCAAACCCCAUUGAACCAGAUUCUGAACUUUUUGACAUUCAGGAGUAUCUUUUAUUCGAUGAUGCUGAUGAUCAGUUGUUGGCCUUCGAUUAUGAUCAAUUUGUGGGAAGUGAUGUUCCUGCUUCUGGCCAAGAACCUCUUACCCAAAUGCAUACAAAUGAAGGAACUGAACAAGAGCUUAAUGCGAGCGAACAAAUUGAAGAACAUGGCAAUAGUGAAGCAUCCUCUUCAAAGCAAGAGCCAGAGGCCACAAAAGUUGAACUUGGUACCAAGUAUCCAUUUAUUAAACAGGCUAGUCACAUGUUGGGUAGCUUUCCUGCUCCUCCUGCGUUUGCCUCUGAACUCCCUUCAAAGGAUGCUGCUGCGCUCAAGCUAAAUUCUGCCUCACAUGCUUCAAGUUCUGUUCAUGUUAUGUCUGGCAUGAUAAGAAUAAAAAACAUGGCAUCUUCUGGCAAUCGAUUGGACUGGUCGUAUAACAAAAACGGGAGUGUCAACAUUGUUCUUUCUUUUAACUUGCCGCAAGGUGAUAUCAACUCUUCCAGUUUUCUGCCAACGGCUGGCCUACUUUCCGGCAAGACGGGGCCUGUUGUUUCAAGAGGAUGGUUCUUCUUGAUGUUAUUUUGGGUCCUAAUAAUUUCUGCCAGUCUAAAGAUGGGGAGCUGCCUUUGCUCAAGGUAUGGUAUAUAAUUCAUUAAACACGUCGACUGAUUACGAAUGUCGGGUAAUAUACUAGUUACCACUGUAGGUUGACUAGGAUAGUAGACCGGGUGAUGUCUCAUAAUUUAUUUUCUUUUUUUGUGAUGAUCGCCGAAUCCGAAACCAUGUCUUAAACUUAUUAUCUCGGUUACAGUCCUUAAAGAAUUGUUCACCAUAUAAAGUUGUAAGGUACAUGAUACAAGACAUAAUAAUCUGGGUUUGUAAGCUAUUAUGAAACAAUUGCUUGCUUGCUUCAUUCUCUAA